AUGCCCGGCCCUUCGAACACGCACAAGGGAAAGAAGGCGCGUAGAGCUUCAGGGAAGAAACCACGUGCCUCAAUUGAGAGCACUGCGUCAUCAGCGAGCAGCACGCGACUCGACAUCCGGACUCCUUCGCCCGACCCGGCUGGGGGUGCGCUGGACGUCACAGUCGUCGUCGCCAGCCUCGACGACGCUGAAGAACAUGACAACAUGCAGCUGCCCGAGGACGGGUAUGAUUUCAAGCCUCAGGAGCCGCCGCUUAGAUUUGCCGACCCAGAAUUCGAAACGGACGCGCAACUCGAUGCGUUCAGAUUUAAUCCAGAACGCCCGUUUAUCCACGACCCAGGAAACGGCCACCGGGUCCGCUCGAUGGCGCAUUUCCUCCCCUCUUUCUUCGCUCAGCCGCCAGCGUUGCCCAGCGAAGACCCGUUGGCGGCAGAGUUUGCCAGCGAGGAGGUCCGGGAAAUGCUGCUUCUGCUGUGCAAUAAGGGCGGGGUGUUGACAGAGGAGAUGGCUUUGGCUUUAUGGUACAACAAAAGUCGUGCGACAAGUCGUGUUUGUCCCGCAUGUCAGCGUCUAUACCGACUAGGAGACGUAUUGCCAGAGCAUGUGGACGAUGAAAGUGACGAGCGGCCAUGGAAAACGCCCCCGCCUCAACUGGAGAGGGAACAGCAAAUUAGCGGCCUUUGUUCCUCACUUUGCUUCAUUCUGGCAUCGUAUAACUACCCUGCUGCCAUAAAGUAUGCAUGGGGGACAAUGGCUGACGAGAUGGACGAGGAAGUAUGGACUUUGUUGAAUACAAGCCCCGAGGGACCGCAGCCACCUGAGAGUAUUGGCCUCGGCAUGCUUGUUCGUAUGACACGCCUCCACGAUUUAGGACUUGCGCAGCUUGUUCUCCACGACGACGACGAUAUUGAUUAG